AUGGCGACCGUAAAAUGGCGGACGAUGGGAAACAACAAGCGCAGCCGCCCGAGGCGCCUCCUACUGCUCAACUCGCGCAGUUCCCUUCAACGACGAGGAAGAAGAUGGCGGCGCUCAUCAGGCAUGGUUUACUCGCGAAUCCUUUAAAAAGUUCAUCCACUAUUCUCGCCGUGAACACGACGAGUUCGCGAUACGAUGUAACCCGCUUUAAGAGCAAGAAAUCAUCCAAACCACCUAAAGUAGUGACCCCCACUUUCAAUGAUGAUAACACGUCACUCUCUACUAAAGGAUUCCUGAGGUAUCGAGACGCAUACAAUCCUCCCGAAGAUGUGUCUAAUCGCAUAAAUAAAAUUUGCAAUGAACAAAGUAUUUCAGCGGACGAUGGAACAAAAAUUGACGAUUCCUCACAACGUUUUAAUCUCUUCUUAGCGUGUGAAAAAGAAUUUCAACAUUCGUUAACAAAUUCUGUUUUAUGUUUUAUCGAAACUAUUGCUGAUCUAAAAGAAUAUUAUAGUACACCAGUUGGCAAUGUAACACCAUUGGAUGCAAUGCGUAGUAUGGAAUUACCAAAGAAUUUGCAUAUUAAUAAUGACUAUGUUCGAUUCCAUCCAGAUACGGAUACACUUUUCAAUGGCAAAACAGCAUUCCCAAAGAGCUCUACUCUGGUAACUGGUUUGAAGUACAAAAAGAAAUAUCCUGGACACAAACAGGAAGAUCCUUACCUAGACUAUAUGCUUAAAAUUUAAAUAUUAGAAAUCAUAUAUAUAUGUACUAAGUGUAUUACAUGAAAUAUAAAUAAACAUUGUUAUUUUUAA